UAGUAACAAAAAAUGAUUAAAUCAUUAUGAUGAUUAUUUCAAUUGCUUUUUCACUGCCACUAAAACUAUCUGGGAGUUGUGUUGUGAUCAAUACGUUAUAUAAACACAUGAUUAAAUAUUAUAAUAACUUAAUAGUUAGUGAGAAGUGAACGAGUAAUAUUAAAAAAAAAUCAUGAAAAAAAUUGCUCUUGUAAUAAGUAUUUUUUGUGUCUUUCUCACAGUGCGGAUUUCCGCUGAUGAUGGCACCUUAGUUCAAACAGAAAGGGGUAUGAUUAGGGGGCACAUUCUCAAAAGUGAAAAUGGAAACGACUAUUAUGCUUUUCAAGAAAUACCAUAUGCUGCCCCACCAGUUGGGGAAAAUAGAUUUCAAAAUCCCAAAAUUCCAAAGGCUUGGCCUGGAAUCUUGGAUACAACAAAGAAUACCAAAGUUUGCUAUCAAACUGUUGUAAAAUAUAGCAACCUCGAAAUUAGCGAAGACUGUCUAUACGUGAACGUAUACACCCCCCAAAAACCUGGAUCUGGUGAUCUUAUACCCGUGUUACUCUGGAUACAUGGUGGAGCAUUCCAAAAUGAAUCCAGUACUUAUGAGUACUAUGGUCCGAAGUAUAUCAUGGAUCAUGGUGUUGUUGUGGUUACAUUUAACUACAGAUUAGGACCAUUUGGAUUUGUUGGUACUCAAGACGGCGUGGUUCCUCUUAAUCUCGGUUUAAAAGACCAGCGAUUUGCUAUAGAAUGGGUUAAUAGAAACGUUCACCUAUUUGGUGGAAAUCCAGAACGUGUGGUGUUGGUUGGUGAAAGUGCUGGAUCGAUGUCUGUGGGAUAUCACUUAAUGGGACCAUGGGACGGAGAAAAACAGCUGUUCCAUGGAGUUAUUAUGCAAAGUGGAUCACCAGUAGCUGGAGAGCUCAUGCAAGACACCACAACAGCAACUGCCUUGCAAUUAGGUAGAAGAGUAGAUCCAUCGUUUGUUUCCAACGAUACUAAGGAACUCCUUCAAGUACUUCAAAACGCUGAUGCCAAAGAUAUAGUUUAUUCUGGAAUACCUGGUGGAGUUGCUGUCGAAGAUUCCGGUCCAUUUUCCUACCAAGGUUUUCAAGCGUUUUUGGACGGAAACUACAAAAAUGUUCCUGUUAUAAUUGGAUUUAAUUCCGAAGAAUGGGGUUUCAUAGCUUUUGCGACCAGUGAACAAACUUUAGAGCAAUUAGAUCAAAAUCCUAGUAAUCUGGUCGACAAAAAUCUCAAUACUUCUCCAGAAAACAGACCAGUCGCUGGAAAAUUGUUAAAAGAAGUUUAUACGCACAAUACAAGCUUUGCUGGAAAUAUGGGGUAUUUCGUAAGGUAUACUAGUGACCAAAUGUUUACCACAGGAACCUGCAAGCAAGUCGAAUUAGCAUCUACGUCAGUGCCGUACUACUUCUAUCAGUUUUCUUACAAGGGAUAUAUAGGAGGAGCUAUGGACAUGGUACUGCCACCAGGAUGUGAGAAGGUUGUUCAUGCUGAAGAUCUUCACUAUAUGUGGGAUGAUGGUAGUAACAGUGACCUAAGUAAAUUUCCAGAAGAAGAUCGUUUAAUGUUACAUCAAUACGUCGUUAUGUGGACUAAUUUCGUUAAAUAUUUAAAUCCCACUCCAAUAGAAGUUCCUUUGUUAAAUAAUUUUAUCUGGUUACCUUCGGAGCCCAAUUCUCUUCGAUAUAUGAACAUCAACACAACAUUUGAAAUGCUUGAACAACCAAGACAGUAUCCUCAAAUAAAGCAGAUAUUAGAGAAGUAUAUGGAACCACCCUAUAAUGCAUUUGCUUAAAAAUUAAAUUUUUACAAUAUUAAAAUAUGUCUUUUCAAA